GGGUUUCUUCUCCCCAGUCCCUGUUUGAACUCUCCUGGCACAAACAUCAGCAUGGUGGUAACUGCCACACAUUUGUCCCAUGACAGGGCAGAGAUGAAAAUCCUAGAAAUCAACCAGGAAUUGCGCUCCCAGCUGGCAGAGAGCCAACAGCAGUUUGAAGACCUCAAGGAGAAAUUUCUUAUAAGUCAGGCUACUGCCUACUCUCUGGCCAAGCAACUAAAGAAAUAUGGGAGUGAAGAGGACAAAGACAUCAUAGACUCUGUGCUGAGGGAUGAAGUGCAGUUCAUAGAGGAAAAGCUGGCAGAGAAGCUCAGGCAAGCGGAGGAGCUCAGGCAAUAUAAAGCCCUGAUUCACUCUCAAGCAAAAGAGCUGACCCAGUUAUGGGAGAAGUUACGGGAAGGGAGAGAUGCCUCCAGCUCACUGAAUCAGCAUUUAAAGGCCCUCCUUACUCCUGGUGACCCUGACAAGUCCCAGGGUCAGGACCUUCGAAAGCAGCUGGCUGAGGGGCACAGGCUGGCAGAGCGUCUUGUCAACAAGCUCAGCCCAGAAAGUGAUGAAGAUGAAGAUGCAGAUGUUACAGAUGAGGAGGUCAAGAAAGGACAGGAAACACCUGCCCCCAGGGAGGUACAGAGGGCUGAGGAAAAGGAAGUCCCUCAGGACUCACUGGAGGAAUGUGCUGUCCCUCGUUCAAACAGCCACGGCGCUUCUGACUGCAACCAGCCUCACAGGAGUGCCAAAGUCACAUUUGAGGGAGACAAAGUCGACCCUGCUCUGGUUGUAGACAGUAAAUUAUCUCAGGAUGAAGAGGAGGAAGCUCCAAACAUUUUCCCAGGAAAUCAAAAGGAUCAUGAGGAACAGGAAGGGAAAGCACCAGUGCCCCCCAGGAACCCACAAUCAGUUGAGCCAGGUGACCUGAAAAUCAGGGAAUUCCUGAUCUCACCUGCCGGCUGCCUCUUGGCAUUAACAUGUUUGCAA